AUGGACGCCCUUAGACGAGCCAACUUCCCAAUGAGCAUGCUAGACGAAAACAUCAUUGCACCUCACAAGACCCUCCCAGGAAUCUUUAACGAGUCCGCAUCAGAAGUCUUCCUCCUCCAAGCCAAUUUCAUCACCGGCGGCCUCAUGCUCACCUUCGUCGGCCAGCACCAAACGAUGGACAUGACUGGCCAAGCUCAGAUCAUCCAUCUCUUCUCAAAAGCUUGCCACAGUGAACAAUUCACUAGCGAAGAACUCUCAUCCGGCAACCUUGAUCGCCGCAACCUCUUCCCCUUACUCGACGACUCCUACGAGCCAGGCUCCGAGCUCGCUCGUCAGAUUGUGAAACCCACUCCAUCUCACCCCAUCUCCAAUGACACCAAUAGCCACCCAGCACCACUUCCCCCUCCGAGAUGCACCUGGGCCUACUUCACCUUCCCCCCAACCUCGCUUACCGCUCUAAAAUCAUCGGCCACAAAAACUAUCACCUCAGGCUACAUAUCCACCGACGACGCCCUCAGCGCCUUCAUCUGGCAAUCCGUGAUCCGCGCCCGGCUCCCCCGCCUAGAUCCCACAGCCGAGUCAACGUUCGCCCGCGCUGUUGACGUACGGCCUUAUCUGGAUAUUCCACCGACGUACCCAGGACUUAUGCAGAACAUGACGUACCACACGUACACGGCUCAGCAGCUAGCUGAAGAGCCAUUAGGCGGAGUCGCAUCACAGCUUCGUUCGGCACUCGACCCCAAAACAUCGAAUCUAGGCCACCACACCCGUGCCCUCGCGACCUUCCUUGACCGCAGCCCAGACAAAAACGUCAUCUCCUUCACUGCGACGCUGGACCUAUCGGUAGACAUCAUGCUCAGUUCGUGGGCGAAGUUGGACUGUUAUGAACUUGAUUUCAACCUGGGAUUGGGCAAUGCUGAGGCAGUGCGGAGACCGCAUUUCACGCCGGUCGAGAGUUUGGUGUAUUUGAUGCCUAGGGCGCUGGACGGCGAGAUUGCGGUUGCGGUUUGUUUGAGGGAUGAGGAUAUGGAGAGGUUGAGGGCGGAUGAGGAGUUCGUGAAGUAUGCGAAGUUUGUCGGGUGA